GUUCCAAUCUAACGGUGAUUGUGUCUGUUUUCAUUCUCAUCACUCAUCUCUCUAUGUUACUCUUUUUGUGAUAAAUUCGUAAUUUCAGAGAAAAAGAGUAAUCGAUAGGACUCUGUAAGUAUUCCCAUACAUGGAUUUUCUGGUAUAACUAUGAGAUCUGUAGUUUCAUCUAAAACCCAUCCUAAAGACUAAAAGCACCAUUCCUCAAGGUUUAUGUAACAAUAAUGAUGAUGCUUCCACUGAUCGUUGCAAUCCUUGUCUGCCUUGCAAGCUACAUUUACCGAUCAUUGAAGCCUCCCCAGCCGCGAGUCUGCGGCGUUCCUCACGGUCCUCCGAUUACUUCUCCGAGAAUCAAGCUCAGUGAUGGAAGAUAUCUUGCUUAUAGAGAAUCUGGCGUUGAUAGAGCCAAUGCUAAUCACAAGAUCAUUGUUGCUCAUGGAUUUAACAACUCCAAAGACAUGGAACUUCCCAUCUCUAAGGAUCUUAUUGAGGAACUAGGGAUAUAUUUUCUGUUUUUCGACAGAGCAGGGUAUGGAGAAAGUGAUCCACACCCCACACGUACGGUCAAAAGCGAAGCAUAUGACAUUCAAGAACUCGCUGAUAAACUCGAGAUCGGACCAAAGUUCUACGUUCUAGGGUUAUCAGUCGGUGCGUACUCGGUCUAUAGCUGCCUCAAAUACAUUCCCCAUAGAUUAGCUGGAGCAAUCUUAGUGGUUCCGUUUGUCAACUAUUGGUGGACUAAAGUACCGGAGAACAUAUUGAGUAAAGCGUUCAAGCUAUUACCAGAAGAUAUCAAGUGGACGUUUAGAGUGGCUCAUUAUGUUCCUUGGCUUUUAUAUUGGUGGUUGACCCAAAAAUUGUUUCCAUCUUCGAGUAUAAUCUCUGGGAACAGUGCGUUACUCAGCGACAAAGAUUUGGUCAUUGUAAAGAAGAUGUCGGAGAAUCCUAGUCCUCAUAUGGAAAAAGUCCGGCAACAGGGAGACCAUGAAUGUCUUCACCGUGACAUGAUCGCUGGAUUUGCGACAUGGGAGUUCGAUCCGACUGAACUGGAAAACCCGUUUACUGAAGGUGUAGGAUCAGUCCACAUGUGGGUAGGUACCGAAGAUAGAUUUGUUCCAGGCGAAGUGAAUGAAUAUAUAUCAAAGAAGCUUCCAUGGAUUAAGUACCACGAAGUCUCGGGUUAUGGACAUCUUCUAAGCGCCGAGGAGCAGAAAUGUGAAGACAUUAUCACGGCGCUUCUUGUGGAGUGAUGAUCAUGUAUCAACGCAAGCUAUCUUAGCCUUCUACGUACACUAAUGUUGAAGGUCUCAUGAGUCAUGAGUAAGAAAUAUGUUAUUGUUGCAAAAUUGGUGACAAAUGCGAGCCACUUAAACGUCA